GACGUUUGAGAGUGUAUUUAGCACCUCCGUACACAGAGAAACCCGCGCGAUCGGUUGGAGCAAAAGAGCGAGCGAGCGAGCGCGUGCAUUCGCCAACAGUCCGUGUAGCACAUCCCCACCGGGGAAAUCCUCGCUCGAAGGCAAAACUCGAGAGACAGGCCGGUAACACCGGAGUUUUGUCAGACGUGGCCGAUGCUGCACAACCGCUCGCGAUACCCGACCGUAAACAUCAAAGUUGCUAUUGGGAAAGAACUUGAAGAAAUAUUGACUCGGGCACUCGGAGAAAACGAGAUUGAAAGUGGAGGAAAGUGCACGGGAACAGAGUGAGAGAGGGAGAAAGCGCGGGAGAAUAAAAAUCGUUUCGUUUAUUUUUGACCUUUUUUCUAUUUAUUGAAGAUCUUUGUACGGACGCGAUCAAAAUUUUAGUGUCGUUCGGAUCAUUCGUGUUCUUCACGGUGUGUGCGAGUGCGCGUGUCACGGUGUUUCGAGAUAGUGAGAUAUUUUAUAAGAAAUUUUCUAAUAAAUUUAUAGUUUUAUGAUUACGAAUCACAGUUGAGUGAUAAGCUCGAAGAAAAGUGCCAAGAUGACGAUAAACAAGAAAAACAGUGCUGGGAAAGGUAAGAAAAAAGGUUCCGAGCAAAAGGUGAGCGAGGGUGUCGCAACGAGCUCGAGCACUUUGGACGUCUCGGGUGCGACAACGUCGAGCUCGACGUCCGCUGUCGAGACGGUAGAAAAGUCCUCGAGCAUGACUUCGACGACGAGCAAGAUUUCACAGGAGGCGAGAAGAGCCUCGGAGGCUGAGUCUCGGAGCAGCGUUGUCGAGGUUACCUCCGGGAGCCGGGAGUACGUCAUGGAUUCCAAGGGGAAUGUCAUCGAAGUAAUUGAACAUCCGGCCACGACUUCGGUGCAGUCUUCGGCGAGCUCGAGACUCGGUAAAUCGUCGCAGGAUUUCAUAUCGGGCGAACAGACACAGUCGGUCAUCCAGGGCGACAGCCGCGCGUCACCGGGGAGCAGUGACGAGUCGAUCCGCCGACAGAGUCACGUGUCCACGCACUCGGACGUCCGGGAGGAGGUCGCGACCUCCUCGGAGACGUCGGUCAUCGAAUCGAGCACGAUGAUCGAUCAACGUACUCAUCGGGAGUCUUCGAGCAAGGGGAAAAGCCGGGAUGAAAGUGCGCCGACGACUCCGAACGUCCGGACCUCGAACACAUCGUCGGAAAGCCGAUUUUCGAGCAAAACGAGCUCGCACGGUGUCGAGAAAGACGGAAAAAUGUUCGUCGACACGACCAAGAUCGAGGAGUCGGCGAGCCGGCUCGACGUCGAUGGCAACGUCGUCGCCAGCUCGAGCCGCAACGUCGAGAGCGAAUCGAGCGUCGAGCCCCCGGGUCACGUGAGGUUCCUCGACGGCAAAGACCACAAAAAUACCGGCUCGAAGGACCUGCGGAAGGAGGAAACGACGAGAAUAUCGCGGCCCGGGGACUCCAGCUGGGACGGUAAGUUCGUUUACGAGAGGCCGAACACGCCGCGAGGUGGACGUCCAACGCCGGACGACGUCCUGGCCAAAAACCAACAGCGACUGACCUCCUCGGAGGAAACGUCCGUUUCCAAAAGCGAAAUCUCCUUCGAAUCGUCGAGCUUCGAGGAAUCUUCGAGUUCGACGUCGACCGUCAUACGAAACGUCUCGAGCGCGCACCUCGACGAGAGCACCACCGACAGAACGAUUCGCGACACGACAGACUUCGCCGGCGACACCGGACGCCGCGUGGCAUCCUCCGGGCGCAACAGACCCGGCGAUUCCGCUUGGGACGGAAGAUUCGUCAAGAGCGCCGACGACAAGGCCUCCAGGACGAACGACAAAACGAAGAUACGAACGAACGAACCUGCCGGCGCCAGGGCGCCCGGGAAUAAACACGAUUACGACGAACGCCGACGCACGAGCGUCGAGAUAAGCGAUGUGACGGAAGAACACCAGCAGAAUAUAACCGAUUCGUCGAUCAGCUCGUACAUCGUCGAAUACAAAGAUUCCGGGGACUCUUCGAGCAAGCGAGCGGAGAGAAUCACGUCGGUUUCGGGCGUCAUAGCCGAGGAGGACGCUCCCAAUUCACCGAGAGGCACGAGCACCCCGAAACGUCCGGGGAGUCCGAGCCGGUCGUCCCAGCCCGAGGCUUCCCCGAGGCAUUACAAGCCCGGACAAUCCGCCUGGGACGGCAGUUUCGUUGACGAGAAACCUCCGCAGCGACCGGAGCGAAGACGCCCUACCGAUGUUCCUCGAAACGUGACGGAUCGUCGGAACGAGCGAGUGGAUAUUCGGGACGUCAGCGAGGAUUAUUCCAUCAACGAGGCCGACCUCGUCACAACGUCGUACGUCGUUGAACACUCUUCCAGUCAGCAGAGCAUCACGGACCUCAAGGACACCGGCGCGACCUCCGUGACUCGUGAAACUAUCGUGCGCGACGAUCGCGACGCGACGAGCAGAAGACGCUCUCGAAGUCCGGAAACGACUCCGGGGGACGUCCGCACCGUCAAACCGGGAUCGUCCACGUGGGACGGCACUUUCAAGUACGAAGAAAACCUCCAGGAAGUUGACAAGCGGACCAAGGACGCACCGCGGGCCGAACGUGCGGCCGGGAAACCCAGCGCAGUCGUUUCCAAAACCGGCAAAAGGAACGUCAGCGAUUCCAGCAUCGAUAUCCGCGACGUUUUCGAGGAGACGUCCGAGGUCGUCACCGAAUCGAUAAUCGUCGAGCGGUCGACGAUCCAGGAAACUUACACCGACUCGACGAACAUCGACCUUUCGUCCACGGCGGUCGAGACCGUCAUCAUUCGGGACGGCACGCCAAAGCUCUCGCGGAAAGUCACCUCGGGGCCGAACGUCCGGGACGGCGAGCGUCCCGACACUCCCGAGAGCCGAACGAGCCACCCUGAGAAAACCGAACGUCCGAGGAAACCCGGCUCCUCGACCUGGGACGGAUCGUUCAUCUACGAGAAAAACGUCGCGCCGAACGCUCCUCGGGAUUCGAAGACGCUCACGAGCAAACGGACCGAAGACGUCGACGAAACUACGAUCACGUACUCGGAGGUGAUCGACCGGACGACGGAGACCGUCGACAUCGUCACCGACGUUUCAACCACGUCGGAAUUCACCAGCCUCGAUAGAAACUUCGCUUCGAAAACGGACGAUUCUUCGAAAGUCGCGUCGACCGUCUACCACGAUAUUUCGGAUGCGAACAGGCCCAAGCACCCUAGAGACGCGCCCUCGCCGAGCCAACAGCCUCCGGAGAAGUCCGAGCGCCCACUCAAACCCGGGUCCUCAACCUGGGACGGUUCCUUCGUCAACGAAAAGCCUCAAGAGAAAAAGUCUCCGAAAGUGGACGACGAUAAGAGGAAACUUCCCGACGGGAAGGACCGCCCGCGGUCCGCGGACAUCGGGAAACCACCGAAGCAUCCUCGAGGCCCGCUCGACGGCGACUACAGCACGUCCUCCAGCGUCCACGACACUUCGAACACGGUUACGAGCUCCACGGAGUUUAUAAACGUCGAAAAGGCUCGGGACCUCAGGAGCUCCGAUCAUUCGAGCGUCUCCACCACGAUCUCGCGCGACCUUCCAGACCGGAGGAAACCAGAAAAAUUGACGGAACGUUCCCCCUCCCGGGAAAGGGACGUCGACCGGGCCCGGCCGGAGAGCCCGGACCGGAGCGUUCGUCCAACGAAACCGGGUUCGUCGACCUGGGACGGUUCCUUCGUUUACGAAAAACCGAUCGACCAGAAGCCCCAGAAGUCUGAACCGCGACCCGGCGACGUUGAGAAACGCCCAACGGACGCUCAAAAGUCUCCGAAAGAAGAUCGCAAACGUCCCACGACAUCGUUGACCACCCUCGACGACAAACCGCGUCCAGGAACGUCCCCGAGAGACGGCGCGUCUCGACGCCCGUACGACCUCAUCGAUUACACGACAUCCUCGAGCGUCCACGACGUUUCGAGCACCGUCACGAGCACCACGCAAUUCAUAAACGUCGAAACGACUUUGACAUCCGAUCUGACGACCUCCGACUCGUCGAACAUCUCGACGAGCAUUCUGCGCGACGUCCCCGAGCGCAAAGGACCUCAAAAAAUCACCGACCGUUCCCCAUCCCGGGGACCCAAGGACAAGGACGCUCCGGAGCCGCGUAGCCGACCGGGAAGUCCGGAAAAGAGUCCGGCCGAGCGAUCGGAGCGUCCUCAAAAACCAGGCUCCUCAACCUGGGACGGUUCUUUCGUUUACGAGAAACCACAAGAGCCCAAAAAGCCCAAAGACCAAGACAAAAAGUCGCCGAAACCCGGUAAACCGGCCUCACCGAACGACAAAGUCGAACAGGCCCCGCGUAAACCUCACGAAAAAAACGUAUUACCGGAUCGAACGAUCGUACUGAAAGAUUCAACUUUCAGCGAGGAAAUUAGAGACACGACCGAUGUUACUGAUAUCACCGACACAGUUAUCACCUCCGAGGUCGUUCAACAUUCUUCUUACGUGAUCGAUCAAUCUUCGAGUUUCACAUCUGUGACGGACAUAAAAAAUGUCAUCGACGAACGUGUUGUUAGUGACGUCACUUCGAGCUUUGCACGAGACGUAAAAGAUGUCAUCGAGUCCUCGACGAACGAAAUCAUCGAUGAGAAAACGGUGACGAGGAGUAUGGUAGCUAAAGAUGUUGUCGACGAAACGAGUUACGAAAAAAUCAUCACCAAGGGCCCCAGGACUCCUGAAGACUCGCCGAGGAAGACACCAUCCUCUCCUGACGGUCCAGGAUACCCGAGGGGGAUCCCCGGCCUUCGGGAUGACGACAGGCCCAAAGCUCUACCCGCUGCUGGCAAGCCCAGCAGGCCUCGCCAGCCUGAGAACACUCACUCGGCAGAAAUUCAGAAGCCCCGAAGGUCUCCGGAGCCGGGUCAGAAGUCACCGGAAACGGGAGGAGAGUACGUGGCACCUCCCGGAAGGCCAGUCCCGGCUGCAGGUAAGCCGAGCAGAAAACCGGAAGAGAAGCCGUCGGAAAAUGGGCCGAGGAGGCCGCGAGUCGACGAGAAGAAAGCGCCCCAGCAAUCGCGCCCGGACGGCGAGGAGCGGCCGAAAUUCCUUGACGAGAAGCCACGUCCGGCUGCGGGAAAACCGAGCAGAAAACCGGAAGAGAAGCCAGGCGAAGACGCACCGAGAAGGUCCAAGCCCGAGGAGAAAAAGCCUCCGAAGCACUCGUCCCCGGACGAGGAGGAGCGGCCGAAACCCGUCGACGAGAAGCCUCGUCCGGCUGCGGGCAAACCGAGCCGCUCUCCAGAACAACCGGAAAAACGUGUGGACCAACCGGAAAAGAGAAAGCCCGGGGAUCAGACUCCCGACUCGUUGGACGGGGACGAAACUCGCAUCGACAAAGUGCCUACGCCUCGUGACAUACUCAAGAAAAUCCCGAUGAAGGAGCAAUGCAUCUGCGAGCUCUGCACCUGCGGUCGACAUCGAUGCCCACACAAUUUCCCUGAGGAACACCUCGAAAUUCCUCACGACGAACCCGUCCUAACCGUGAGCUCGUACCGAGACGAAUACGACGAGAAACAUGUCGAGAGACGCGUCAUGUACCAUCACGAAGAUCACCUGCAUAUGGAAGGUGAUUUCGUUGGCGAGAGGCGGACGGAUUACGUCGCUACGAGAGGCGAAAGAGCUCCUGUCAAACGACCCGAAGACAACUUGAGACCGGAGGGUGAAUUCCACCGUAGACCGAAGGAAGAGGCGCCUACGCGCGGCGAACGGAUGCCGAUGAAAAAACCACAAGACAACUUGAGACCGGAGGGUGACAUCGAUGGUUUGACAACGACCGAGCUGGUUUUCACCGGUCAACCUGGUGAACGUCCGAGCCCGGUGCGUCGCAAUACUUAUACGAAGGUCGAGGGCGAAUUUAUCGACGAGACGACAUCUCGAACGGAGUUCGUGGACCAUCGCUUAGUGCAGCGAGCCGAGACGAUCAGGCGAACCGACAACCUAACCGUGGGGGAGGGAGAAUUCACGGGCACCUCUCACACCAAGGACGACUUCCUCGUGCACGAUUUAAUCGAGCGAGAGCCUCGUCAUCGGCCCGCGGAGGUCGACCAGGUUGAUCGAUUUUACGAGCGAACUGAUCUCGUCGAAAACGUAACGACGACGCACGAGGAAUAUCGAACUUUCGACGAGACGGAUUACCGAAGUAGCCUCGUUAUACGGAGGGAUGAUAACCUCAGGCCUGAAGGACCUUUCGAGGGGAGGCCGAAAGAUGAUUACAAACCAAUUACCCAGGGCGAGAGGCCGCAAGUCAAACGGCCUCAGGACAACCUUAAACCCGAAGGACCUUUCGAAGCUCGCCCGAAAGACGAUUACAAACCGAUUCCGAAAGGCGACAGAGCGGACGUGAAGCGUCCGCAGGACAACCUGAGACCGGAAGGGCCUUUCGAAGGUCGACCGAAGGACGAUUACAAACCGAUUCCGAAAGGGGACAGAGCGGACGUGAAGCGUCCGCAGGACAACUUGAGACCGGAAGGGCCGUUCGAGGGACGUCCAAAGGACGAAUAUUCUCCUGGUGAACGUCGCCAGCCAAUAAGACACGCGGAUAAUUUGCGUCCGGAGGGUGACUUCGCUCGACCUUCGCACGAGCCUUACGCUCCUGGUGAGCGGGCUCCGAUCGUAAAACACCCGGACAAUCUCUUCCCGAAGGGCGAUUUUCCGGACAGGGAACGUCAGCCUUAUGAACCAGCGGAACGCAGAUCACCGAUUAAGCACGACGAUAAUUUGAAACCCGAGGGCGACUUCCCCAAGCGUCCCAAGGACGCUUAUUCGCCGGCUGAACGUCGCAAGCCCAUUAAACACGCGGACAAUCUUUAUCCUGAAGGAGAUUUCGAACGGCCCGAGGAACACUACUAUGCUCCGGGCGAACGAGCUCCCAUAGUCCGGCAUCCUGACAACCUUUUCCCUGAAGGCGAGAUCCCUGACAGGGAACGAGAACCCUUCAGGCCUGCUGAACGCAGGAGUCCCAUCAAACCAGGAGAUAAUUUGCGACCCGAAGGCGAAUUCGAAAGACCUCACAAGACUCCCAUCGGACCGGGGGAAAGACGUUCCCCGAUCAAACAUGCGGAUAAUCUUAAACCCGAGGGUGAUUUCGUGCGCCCUGAGCACGACGAAUUCCGGCCCGCGGAACGACCUGUUGUCAAAAAACCAACUGAUAACUUGAAGCCCGAAGGAGAUUUCGAAAGACCUCAAAAAGCACCCGUCGGCCCCGGUGAGAGGCGUACGCCGAUCAAACACUCGGACAACCUCAAACCAGAAGGCGAUUUCGUGCGACCUCAGCACGAAGAAUUCCGUCCAGCGGAGAGGCCAGUUGUCGUAAAACCGAAGGACAACUUGAAGCCUGAAGGAGAGUUCGUCCGUCCGGAACACGAGGAAUUCCGCCCAGCGGAAAGACCCGCUGUCAAAAAACCGCAGGACAACUUGAAACCGGAAGGCGACUUCGAGAGGCCUCAUAAGGCUCCGAUUGGUCCGGGUGAAAGACGGACUCCCAUCAAACACUCCGACAACCUCAAGCCUGAAGGCGAUUUCGUACGACCCGAGCACGAAGAGUUCCGUCCUGCGGAAAGGCCCGUUGUCAAAAAACCGCAGGACAAUUUGAAACCGGAAGGCGACUUCGAGAGGCCUCACAAAGCUCCAAUUGGCCCAGGUGAAAGGCGGACUCCCAUCAAGCAUUCGGAUAAUCUCAAACCGGAAGGGGAUUUCGUACGUCCGGAACACGAGGAAUUCCGCCCUGCGGAAAGGCCCGUCGUCAAAAAACCGACUGAUAACCUCAAGCCUGAAGGUGAUUUCGAGCGUCCUCACAAAGCUCCGAUCGCUCCGGGUGAGAGACGUUCGCCGAUAAAACAUGCGGACAACCUCAAGCCGGAGGGUGAUUUCGUGCGUCCGGAGCACGAGGAAUUCCGCCCUGCGGAAAGGCCCGUUGUCAAAAAGCCAACUGACAACUUGAAGCCUGAAGGAGACUUCGAGCGUCCGCACAAAGCUCCGGUUGGACCUGGUGAGAGGCGAUCGCCCAUCAAACAUUCCGAUAAUCUCAAACCGGAAGGUGAUUUCGUUCGUCCUGAGCACGAAGAGUUCCGACCAGCGGAACGACCCGUUGUCAAGAAACCAAAAGACAAUUUGAAGCCCGAGGGCGAUUUCGAGCGCCCUCACAAAGCUCCUGUGGGACCCGGUGAAAGGCGUUCACCGAUCAAACACACCGACAACCUCAAACCCGAGGGUGAAAUCGAUAUUCAUCGAUCUCGCGACGAUUAUACCGCGAUCAGGAGAACAGAGAAGGUCGACAUCGUACACCACGAAGACAAUUUGAGAAUGGAAGGAGAGUACGUGGACAUGCAGAGACGCGACGAUUACUGCGUGACCCGAGGCGAGAGGACGGAGGUCAUCAGGCACGAGGACAAUCUCCACAUGGAGGGUGAUUUCGAGCAACGUACUACGAGCGAAUAUCGUCCAGCUGAGAGAAGGAGGCCGAUACGCCACGAGGACAACUUGUAUCCGGAAGGAGACUUCGAACGUCCGGAGCACGAAGAAUUCCGGCCAGCGGAAAGGCCAAUUGUGAAAAAACCAACGGAUAACUUGAAGCCCGAAGGAGAUUUCGAGAGACCGGAUAAAAAACCAGUGGGACCAGGUGAAAGGCGUUCGCCUAUCAAACAUUCCGAUAACCUCAAGCCGGAAGGCGAUUUCGUGCGUCCUGAACACGAAGAAUUUCGUCCGGCUGAGAGACCCGUUGUCAAAAAACCGCAGGACAACCUCAAACCGGAAGGGGACUUCGAGCGGCCUCAUAAAGCCCCCAUUGGGCCAGGGGAAAGGCGUUCACCGAUAAAACACGCAGACAAUCUCAAGCCGGAGGGCGAUUUCGUUCGCCCUGAACACGAGGAGUUCCGCCCCGCGGAACGGCCCGUUGUCAAAAAGCCGACUGACAACUUGAAGCCUGAAGGAGACUUCGAGCGUCCGCACAAAGCUCCGGUUGGACCUGGUGAGAGGCGGUCGCCCAUCAAACAUUCCGAUAAUCUCAAACCGGAAGGUGAUUUCGUUCGCCCGGAACACGAGGAGUUCCGCCCCGCGGAACGGCCCGUCGUCAAAAAACCAAAAGACAACCUCAAACCCGAAGGAGACUUCGAGCGACCUCACCGCGCGCCUGUCGGUCCCGCUGAGAGAAGGACUCCCAUCAAGCAUGCGGAUAACCUUCACCCAGAGGGAGACUUCGAAAGACCGGAGCACGAGGAGUUCCGACCAGCGGAGAGGCCUGUAGUCAAAAAACCGAAGGACAAUUUGAAGCCUGAAGGCGAAUUCGAGCGACCUCGGAAAGCUCCGGUUGGACCUGGUGAAAGACGUUCUCUGAUCAAACAUUCCGAUAAUCUCAAGCCGGAAGGUGAUUUCGUGCGACCCGAGCACGAUGAAUUCCGUCCCGCGGAAAGGCCGGUUGUCAAAAAACCGAUUGACAACUUGAAGCCCGAAGGUGAUUUCGAGAGACCGCAAAAAGCUCCUGUUGGACCCGGUGAAAGGCGAUCGCCGAUCAAACAUUCCGAUAAUCUCAAGCCGGAAGGAGACUUCGUGCGUCCUGAACACGAGGAAUUCCGCCCGGCGGAACGCCCCGUCGUUAAAAAACCGACGGACAACUUGAAGCCCGAAGGAGACUUCGAGCGUCCGCGCAAAGCUCCGGUCGGCCCCGGCGAGAGGCGUUCACCGAUCAAACACUCCGAUAAUCUCAAACCGGAAGGUGAUUUCGUUCGCCCUGAACACGAGGAAUUCCGCCCGGCGGAACGCCCCGUCGUCAAAAAACCAAAAGACAACCUCAAACCCGAGGGAGACUUCGAGCGACCUCACCGCGCGCCUGUCGGUCCAGCGGAAAGAAGAUCGCCCAUCAAACACGCCGACAAUCUCCAUCCUGAAGGAGACUUCGAACGUCCCGAGCACGAGAAGUUCCGACCGGCGGAAAGACCGGUUGUGAAGAAACCAACCGAUAACUUGAAACCCGAAGGUGAUUUCGAACGACCUCACAAAGCUCCGGUCGGUCCGGCUGAGAGGAGAUCGCCCAUCAAACACCCGGACAAUCUUCACCCCGAAGGAGACUUCGAGCGUCCCGAACACGAGAAAUUCCGGCCCGCGGAGCGGCCUGUCGUCAAAAAGCCAAAAGACAACUUGAAACCCGAAGGAGACUUCGAGCGACCUCGCAAAUCCCCCGUCGGCCCGGGAGAAAAACGUUCGCCCAUAAAGCACACCGACAACCUCAAACCCGAGGGUGAAAUCGACAUCCAUCGAUCCCGCGACGACUACACCGGAGUAAGAAGAAUCGAGAAGGUCGACGUCGUUCGUCACGAAGACAAUUUGAGAAUCGAAGGCGAAUACGUCGACAUGCGCCGUCGAGACGAUUACAGGGUGACGCGAGGCGAGAGGAGCGAGGUCAUCAGACACGAGGACAAUCUUCAUCUGGAAGGUGAUUUCGAGACGCGGACGACGGUCAAGUACAGUCCAGCUGAAAGGAGAAAGCCCAUACGCCACGAUGAUAAUUUAUAUCCGGAGGGAGAUUUCGAGCGCCCGGAGCACGAGAAAUUCCGACCGGCCGAGAGGCCCGUCGUUAAGAAACCGAAAGACAACCUGAAACCCGAGGGAGACUUCGAGAGGCCUCAGAAACGCCCGGUUGGUCCUGGAGAGAGGAGAUCGCCCAUCAAGCAUCCGGACAAUCUGCAUCCGGAAGGAGAAUUCGAGCGUCCGGAGCACGAUAAGUUCCGGCCCGCGGAGAGGCCGGUCGUCAAAAAACCCGAGGACAACUUGAAGCCCGAGGGCGACUUCGUCCGGCCUCACAAGAGUCCCGUCGCUCCUGGGGAGAGGAGAUCGCCAAUCAAGCACCCGGACAAUCUCCAUCCCGAGGGUGACUUCGAGCGACCGGAGCACGAAAAGUUCCGUCCUGCAGAACGUCCCGUCGUGAAGAAGCCAACCGACAAUCUGAGACCCGAAGGAGACUUCGAGAGGCCUCGGAAGUCUCCGGUCGGCCCGGCGGAACGACGCUCUCCGAUAAAACACCCGGACAAUCUCCAUCCCGAAGGAGACUUCGAGCGCCCGGAGCACGAGAAGUUCCGUCCCGCGGAGAAACCGGUCGUCAAGAAACCUUCGGAUAACCUGAGACCGGAGGGAGAUUUCGAGAGGCCUCAGAAGCGUCCCGUAGCUCCCGGGGAGAGAAGAUCGCCCAUAAAACACCCGGACAAUCUCCACCCCGAGGGAGACUUCGAGCGACCGGAGCACGAGAAGUUCCGUCCCGCGGAGAGGCCGGUCGUUAAAAAGCCCCAGGACAAUUUGAAGCCCGAAGGAGACUUCGCGAGACCUCGGAAGACUCCUGUCGGUCCCGCGGAGAGGCGAUCGCCGAUAAAGCACGCGGACAACUUACACCCGGAGGGUGACUUCGUAGCCCGUCCCAAGGAUGAUUACACCCCGAAACGAGGCGAUCGUCCCGUCCAGAAGAAGCCCAAAGACAACCUCAAGCCCGAAGGUGAGUUCACGGGCAGGCCGCGCGACGAUUACCGGCCGACGAACGCCGAGAGAUCAGAAAUCGUCGUUCACCAGGACAACCUGCGGAUGGAGGGUGAAAUGGAUUUGCGUAGAUCGCGCGACGAUUACACGACGACGACGACGAGGAAAGUCGAGAGAGUCGACGUCGUCCGUCACGAGGACAACCUCCGGAUCGAGGGCGAAUACGUCGACGUAAGACGUCGCGACGACUACAACGUCACCCGCGGCGAAAGGACAGAGAUUAUUCGACACGAGGAUAAUCUCCACCUGGAGGGUGACUUCGAGCGCCCCCAAAGAUCCCCCCUCGGUCCAGCGGAGCGGAGAUCCCCCUACAAGCAUCCCGACAACCUCAAGCCCGAGGGUGACUUCGACCGGCGUAGCCCAACGAAGUUCGCCCCCGCCGAGAAAAGGGCACCGAUCCGCCACGAGGACAAUUUGCAUCCCGAAGGCGAAAUGCACGUGAGUUUGACCUCCCGCGAAGACUACACCGACAAGAAGAUCAGCACCGCGGAUCGCCGGGUCGAGAUAAAACGUCGAGAAGACAAUCUCCGUAUGGAGGGUGAGUUGGAGGUCCGUCGGUCGAGGGACGACUUCAAGAAGGUCACGAAAAUCGAGCGCGUGGACGUGCGCAAGCGCGAAGAUAAUCUGAGAAUGGAGGGCGAGUUCGUCGACAUCAGGCGCCGGGACGACUACAGUCACGUCGUAGGCGAGAGAAGCACCGUCAAGAGGCACCCGGACAACCUGCAUCCGGAGGGCGACUUCGAUAGGCCCGAGAGGCAACCGGUCGGUCCGGGCGAGCGCAGAGCCCCGAUCAGGCACCCCGAUAACCUGAAGCCCGAGGGCGACUUCGAGUCCAGGAGUCCGGAGGCCUACGGCCCGGGUGAGAGGAGAUCGCCCAUUCGCCAGGUCGACAACCUCAAGCCCGAGGGCGACUUCGCGGGCCGUCCGAAGGACGAUUACACGACGAAAAGAGCGGAGCGCGCGGAGGUCGUACGUCGCGAGGACAAUUUGAAGAUGUCCGGGGACUUGCGGGGCACGACUUGCCAGAAAUCGACUUACACGCUCGUACGCGGUGAGCGCGCCGAGACGAAGCGUCACGAGGACAACCUCCGGGUGAGCAACGACAGCAUGGAGACGAGGACGACGAGCAACGACUCGUUCGGUCCGGGCAAGAACCUCGUGCCCGCAGGCGGCAAGACGAUCAACCGUCGACGUCACAUGGAAUCCUCAUUCUCCCUGGGCGACGAUACCGCCACGAUGACGACGACCAACCAGAGGAACUACAACACCUACACGAGGAAAACCGGCAGGGAAGUGGCCUCGAACAUCAACAGCAUCGUCGAGACCGACGGCAACAAAGUCGUCGCUUCGAGCAGGGCGACUUCCUCGACGAAUGAACGCGCGGUCCACGCGACCGCGAACGAGCAGCACGUGCGAUCACAAAACGCGACAAACUCCCGUAACGUCAGCGUCGAGCGUUCCGCCAGCGAGCACUCGAGCUCCCGGCACUCCGACAAUCGUUACAACAGCCGCGAGGACAUGCAGCGGACUCGAAACGAAACGAGCAAACGCGAUUACGUGAAUACGCAACGCACGGAGAAUCGCCAGACCUCGAACACCACGAACGCGAGCACGACCUCCCGGCACUCCGCCCAGCAACACACUCUUUCCACUCAGGCCCGCUACGCCACCAACGGACAAUCCAACAGCCCCGAAUUCCGACAAGCCAUCGGCGGAACCACCGACAACCGUGCCACCAUCGAUUCCAGCCUCAAGUCAGGCCACCACCGGAAAAACGUAAUUUCAUCGUCCUCCACCGACGUCAAUAACUCGGUCCUCCAUCGUCGCGGUCAGGUCACCUCGACCGAGGCCCUCCAUACGAUCUCCUCGACCGCGGCCGAUCAGCGGAAAAGCAUUUCCAAUCUCGCCGAGUCCGGACAGUACAUCAGCAACUCGAGCCAGAGCAGCGACCGUCACAGCCUGACCUCCAUCCACCGCAGCAACAAGGACGGCAACCCCUGGGCCUCCUCCACCUACGAGCGUCCCCAGCGCGUCGUCCGACAGGACAACCUCACCGUCGGUGGAAAAUUCUACUCCCACAGCGAAGCCAAAAACUACGGCAACUUCACGACCAGCCAGAAGACCGAACGCGUGCACAAGCAAUCGAACGUCUCGCACAUCAGCCUCGGCGACUCCAACUCGACUUCAACCAGCAGCAUGUACAAGAGGGAAUUCGUACCCAGGGUCAAGGGCCCCUGUCCAGCUGCUCUACUCGAGGCCAAACAGGCGCCGUUCAAACACACGCGCGACACGCCCAAGCACAAGUUCUAUUUGCCCGUCGUUUCCAAUUAGAAUAAGAUUUCAUCGCUGCCGCGCGACUCUUCGUUUCGCUGGACAAGUAGAAACAGCGAUUUUUUUCAAUGUCAAGCUACCCACUGCGAGGCCCUUGGCGUCUCGUCUCCGGCCAUCCCGGGAUUCCCGUCCUUCGAUAUACCGCAUAUAUUUACGAUUACUAUGAUUAAGUAACUGCUGUUUAGAGCGGCUUGAAGUCUCGCUGAAACGCGGACUGUGAUAGGAAAACGAGCUAUUCAAUACCCGAGAGGUUUGAAAUUCGAUUAUAAGAAAAACUUUUAAAAUUUCGCAUAUUUAUCUGUUGUUUUAUUUUUUCAUAUUUUUGUCGGCGUUCGACAUCGUUUAUUCAGAUUUUCUAUCGUAUUAUGAAGCCAUAAUUGUAUUCGAAUGGGGUUUAAUCGAAUGACACAUUGUGCAACGAUCGCUUUUCACUGGCGGUCGCAGCAUCUCAUCUGGAUUCAUGUUCACGGGGCUUUCCACGACAAAUGCACCACGCCGAAUUCGCCUUUUUUCUGUUCGCAUACGAAUCGGUAUCAACGUUGAUUUUGGGGACGAGCUUUCGUGCAAUUACUCAAAAAUUUUACUGAAAUUAAGAGGGAUCGACGAUAAUUUCAUUGAUUUUCAGUGGGAGGUCCCAAAAUGUAGAUUUAGAUUGAUAAGAAUCAUUGAAUCGAGAGGUUAAAAUAAUAAUUAAUAUUCGAGAGUCGUGUGACCUCGUUAAACCACGUGUAUUACAAAGCAAUAACUAGAGCUUAAAUCCGUGAUAAGAUCGAGUCGGGUUAUAUGCCUGGACCUCGAUCCGGUGUCCGACAAUUAUAUCAUAAUUAGCUUUAAUCAGUAUUCACAUAAUUAAUGGAAAAAUAUUAAAAAAUAGCCAUGCCUCUAUAAAUAUAUCGUGAGUACAUGAAAUCAUGCAUAAAAAAUGUUGUUGUAUGAACAAAAGCACAAUUAUAGCGAUGUCUGAAUUGAAUUUUACGUAGAAAUAAUCCUCUCGUGGCGUUCCUUAAAAUUUUUUUUCAUCUAUCUCGCGUUUUUGCUUAUUCUCAAUCCGAGCCGUUUCAGCUUUACUAUAUAAAAUAAAAUAUAUUUUUUGUUUAUUCUUUCGUUUGAGCUUUUUUACGGAUUUUUCAAUCAAAUCCUCACCGAAGCCAACUAGCUUUGGUCCAUGCAAUUUGUAUCUCUGUGUACUCUUAUUAUCGUCUUUAUUUACGUCAAAUAAAUUUUUUUUAUUUCA